CCUUCGCACCUUCCGUGAGCAGCAGGUGAGAAUCGCGAAAUGAACACCUUUACCACCCAAACGGAAAAAAAUACUCAGAGCGCGGAAAAACAAAUUCCCGUCUGCUCUUCUCCGUAGUUGCGGCGUUGUAAGACGUUUGGUUGCUGGUGGCGGCAGCUAGCUUUGUUGCCCACGACGACGACGACUUCUACGAAGAUGGUGAUGCUCUCAGGUGUGCUCAAGCUCAAUCUCAACCAUCGCUGGUUCGGUUUGUUGGUGUUCAUUUUCAGUCUUACCGUAAGCGCUCGCGUAGACGGUCACGAACCUCGGUUAGUUAACUAAGUGCGCGAAUGUUAUUUCGAUUGAACGAACGAACAUUACCUCUAGGAGGGCUGUUAGUGACAUUUCGAGGCGAUUUGUGACAUUUAAUUCUCCAAAAAUUGUGAGAAUUGGUGAAUUUCCGAGAAACUUUCUUAAAAAUACGUUUUGCUAUAAACGUGAGAAGCAAGAAGCAAGUUUGACAUUUUGCUUCCGAUUUGACAUUGAAACGAACGAACUUCUGUGUUGCUGGAUGAUUGGUGUCCCUGUGCUUUGAAGCUGUUGUUGGUGUGUUCAAUUCUCUGCCAACGACAUCUCAUUUCCGAACGAAAUCAGUCGCAACAGUUCCACCCCGAAAAAGCUCGAAGCUGUCCGCGCGGUUUCAGUUGCAAAACUUGAAGAGUGCUGUUGGAUUGGAUGACGUCGUCGUCGCUCCGGCGUAUUCGUCCUCGUCCAUCAAGCGUUCGAGGGCGGUCGGUGUGAAUUGGCUGGCUGGGUUGACUGAUUUGAAUAUAUGCAAAUUCUAAGUCGCGCUCGCGCCAUCAGUUUAGAAUCCCGCCCGAAGAAACCACAUCUAGUGAGUUGAGUGAGUAAGUGAGUGAGUGAGUAAACAUCGAGUUGAGUUGCUGUGUACACGCGCUGUAUAAAACAACAACAAACACAUCGACAAAGUUUGUUUGUGCAAUCAUCAAGUGUGAAGGGGAGGAAACAAAUUUUCUUGUGAAGAAAACAAGCUGGAGAAAAUCUACACGACACCAGUUGAUGACAUAAUCGAACGCGAAGUUUGUCAGUUUGGAGGAGGUUCUGCGGCAGUCAGAAGAGUUGUUAAAGAAGUGGUAAAUUGGGCAAAACCACUAUCGCCCACCAUGGAAAGUGCAAGUGUAAAUCCAAUGAUCAAAGUGAUGCAAUACAAGUGGGAAAAAGUUGAUGCCUCGACCGCCUCCGCUGUGCAGCUCCAAAAGUAGAUAAAUGAUAAGUGGUAAAGCGAAAAAAAAAACCGGCUUCCACGAAACAGAUCCUCGAAAAAGGAUACCCUCCAGCAGCAGUGGCAGUCGCGGAAACCAGUGUUCCAGUGUUUUUGUUUUGUUGCCGAAUAUGCACCGUGGUCCUGUUCAACCCGAAAAAACUCACGCAGUCCUUUCUGCUCAACACGGCCAAAAAGGCCAUCACGGCGGUGGCUUAUUCGCAGUGCGGGCGCUAUCUGGCCACCGGCGAAUGCGGACACAACCCAUCCAUCAAGGUGUGGGAACUGGACGUCAACGGGAAUGCCAACUACGAAAACGGAGCCGCCGGCAGUAUAGUGGCGGAAUUCUCCGGUCACAAGUACGCCGUCAGUUGCGUGGCGUUCUCCCCCACCGGGAAGUAUCUUGUCUCGGUGGGCUCACAGCACGACAACAUUGUAAAUGUGUUCGAUUGGAAGGCCAAUUUGAAGAUCGCUUCGAAUAAGGUUACGGCCAAGGUCGUCGCUGUGAGCUUUAGUGAGGAUGGGAAUUAUUUUGUGACGGUUGGCAAUAGGCACGUCAAAUAUUGGUAUUUGGAGGGGAGCCGGAAGUACAAGGAACCGAUUCCGUUGAUGGGACGGAGUGCGAUAUUGGGGGAGCUGCGUAACAAUGACUUCUGUGCGGUGGCUUGCGGCAAAGGGGAAAUGUCGGAUAGCACGUAUGCGAUUACAAGGAAUGGGCACCUGGUGGAGUUCAAUUCCAGGAGACUGUUGGACAAAUGGGUUAUGUGUAGAACCAAUGCGGCCAAUUGUUUGGUCACGAGUACAAAGUAUAUCCUAGUGGGUUGCGCCGAAGCCAUCAUCAGAGUUUUCAACGCGGAGACCCUGGAAUACAUUACCACCCUGCCACGAACGCACUUUCUCGGAGUGGACGUGGCGCAGGGUGUCCAUAUCAAUCACAUGAUGACGGUUCCACAGAAUGCCAAAUACCCGGACACGAUCGCGAUCGUGUACGAUGAAAACCGAUCCAAGGUGACGAGCGUUUACAACGAUCAUAGUUUGUACAUUUGGGAUUUGCGGGAUAUCCGGAGGGUGGGUAAAAGUAACUCGUUUUUGUACCACUCGGCGUGCAUCUGGGGAGUGGAAACUGUGCCAUUUAGCUAUCUGAAACACAAUGUGUCGGAUACGCUGCCAUCGGAUAGCUUCCUGACGUGUUCGUCGGACGACACCAUUCGGGUUUGGGACAUCGAAAACGGUGAAAGUACUGAACUGUAUCGAAAGAACAUCUACAGCAAAGAGUUGAUGAAGGUGAUAUACAUCGAUGAGGAACUCAACCAUAUCAAGGAUAUGGACAACCCAAUCCACAAUACGGAAAAGAGCUCUAGUUACGAUGGGAGGAACGGGGUACGAUGUAUCAAGAUCAAUCCGGAAAACAGUCAGUUGGCUACCGGUGAUAGAAGUGGUAACAUUAGGAUCUACAAUCUCAGUAAUCUCAAACUGAUCACAACGAUCGAAGCGCACGAUUCGGAAGUGUUGUGCCUGGAGUACACCAACGAAAAAAUCGAACGAAAGCUGCUGGCCAGUGCUAGUCGAGACAGAUUAAUUCACAUCUUCGACUGCGAAGCGGGUUACCGAAUCCUGCAGACGUUGGAUGACCACUCGAGCAGUAUUACCUCGGUGCGGUUCAUCGGAUCGGGCAAGCAGUUCCAGAUGGUGUCCUGUGGUGCCGACAAAUCCAUCAUUUUCCGUAAUUUCCAGAACAAUGUCUUUCUACGGGGCAACAAUUGCUCCGGUAAAAAUACGCUUUACGAUAUGGAGGUAGAUAGUAACUAUAAGCACAUAUUGACGGCCUGCCAGGAUCGGAAUAUCCGAGUCUACAGCACGCAAAACGCCAAACACACCAAGACCUUCAAGGGGUCCCAUUCGGACGAGGGUAGCCUGAUAAAGGUUAGUUUGGAUCUUAGUGGGAUCUACAUUGCCACUUCCUGUACGGAUAAAACUCUCAGCGUGUAUGAUUACUAUUCCAACGAAUGCAUGGCACGAAUGUACGGUCACAGUGAACUUGUGACUGGAUUGAAGUUCACAAACGAUUGUAAGCAUCUCAUCUCCGCUAGCGGAGAUGGUUGCGUAUUUGUUUGGCAGGUUCCACAUGACAUGAUAGUAACAAUGCAAGCUCGACUUUCGCAACAAGCACUACGAUCUGGUCAUCAGCCAAUUCCAAGGCCUCUUUCUAAUCCGUUCACCGAUGCUAUACUAGACCACCCAGCACCUCCUGAGCAGUUCGGAUCACCGCCGAACAACCUCUUCAUAGAGGACGCUCCGGUUACACCAGGUUACCGAUUCUCCGACGUCGGGCAGCUGCCACAGUGGGCCAAACGAAAACCUACGGAAGAUCAGUCGAGCUCACCGGUUCUUGGUAGCAGCCCUAGCCAAAGCCAGACCAUUGGGGGUCCUCCAAAACCCCGAGGACGAUGGGGUCAAAAGGGACAGUUUGAUGAAGCACUUGAUCUACGAAAUAUCGUGGACAGCCCUAUGAACACCACUUACAGCACUGAUAAGGCAGUACUUCAUCACGCAAACAACAAUACCCCUACUUCCGGUUACAACAGCGGCAGCUCCAAAGAUGUGUACAGCAACGCAUACCUCAGCGAGGACAGCUCGAUCGACAGCGGACGAGAAAAUCGCCGGGAAAUCACGUUUCUGCAGCAUAAGAAAAUUUCCGAAACUAAGGCUCUGAAUUCGUUGAACUCGGAGUCGAACACGGAGCACGAUGGAGAUGUGGAGGAUAUUUCCGACGGAGAACGGACCAGUUCCGAGCACGGAAUGGUGUACUACCCGACGGCGGCGCCAUCGACGCCAACAGAUUUCAAAAUCAACGCGAUCGACGUGAACGAGCUGCGAAAGUCGGUCCGACGGCAGAAACUGGAAAAGCAAGGAUUAAGCAUCGCUGCCCAGCUACAGAUGCAAAGUGCCGCUUCCACUGGAACCGGAACGGGAACUUCGGACGACGAAGACGAAGGGUCCACCCCGAGUGGAGACAAUGCCGACCGAUCACUUGCAUCCACUUUGGGUGGAAGUUCAGAAAGCAUUCCGCAGCAAACGUCGUCGACAUUCCUGCAAGCGGCACUGGACGGACCGGCCAGUCUAUCGGACAAAGAACGAGUUCAAAGCCGCAAGAGCAUCAGUGCGAUGCACAACAACGAUGCCAAAAUCACGACCACCAUCUCCAAAUCGUACGCCAACAACAAGAAGGAAGAACUGAUGAAAGUCAUCAACGAGGCCAAAGCAAAGCUAGAAAAUGAGAUUCUAAUUCAUAGUAAGCGUGGCGUUAGUUAUACAUUAAAUGUAGCUCAUGCAAAGGUUGGUUACCGGUCCGGUCUGCGCGCUAGUCAGAGCAUAUCCGAUCUAAGUCACUCGAUGAGCCCGGCCGGAGGGGGCGGCCUUGGUCGACUGCAGCGGAUAG